UAAAGGAAGUAAACAGAUAAGGAAAGUACAAGAAUGUAUCGUUUUAGUUCAGUCGACACGCGAAAGGAAUUUUCAAAUUGUUAAUGUUAUACAACAAUUAAGUACGCAUAGCUCAGUUGUUAGCAAAAUCGACAAGGUGUAAAGUGUAGACAGGUAGACAUUGAAAAUACAACCAUAUAUUCUAUGAUUGUUUUGAAUUAAUUUAUUACCAUUUUUUAAAGAAAACUGUCAUAAAGAUCAACCAUGAGUAACCUGACACACAGCAUUACAUAUGUAGUAUUGAUUCCUGUACUGACGUUUGCAUUUUUACUCUUUAUCACAAUUAAACUUUUGGUAUACAGAAGUAGAUUCUGCUGCAAGUGUAAAGAUGCAGAACUCAGGAAUACACAAAGAACACAGAUUUCAAAAGUUUUCUCGGAAUACAGGAACACGCAAAGUAGACAGAUUUCAACAGCUUUCGCGGUUACAGAACACAGGAACACGCAAAGAACAGAUAUUUCAACGGUUUUGUCGGAUGCAGAACACAGGGUUACUCAAAGUAGACAGAUUUUAACAACUUUCUCGGAUGUAAAACGUUUGAAUAGAGGUACUCCAGUAACUGUCCCAGCUGAUUUUAAACAUUUAGGCGUUCCAAUAAAAAAAGCUGCUAAUUUGAAAGAUGCUGUUGAUGACAAGCCAGUAGCGUGGACACCACCACCACCGCCUCCACCACCGGAUCCACCAAAUCCUCAUUCAUAAUAUUGUGAAUAACUGAUAAGAGACUUAUUUGCAAAAUACCUACCAUAACGGUAUCUUUUUUACCAAUCGAGAAAUGUUGUUAUUCCAUAUUGAUAGAACUUUAGUAGGUCUUUCUAUAUGAAUGGGAUUUUGAAUAAAUAAGCAUAUUCACCUGCUGAAAAAGUAUAUUCACCGCGCAAAACGUCGCGUGCUUUUACGUGUAUAAUAACGAUACAAUGUUUGACGUUUAGUUGGUUUUGGUAAAUAACUGUUAUUUUAUACAUAUUUUUCUCGCUCGGAACAUGGAAUAAAACAAUUACUGUCUUUUGUUUCGGUAAAUAUGUGGUUUAAUUGACUUUUGAAAAACCUAGUGACAUUCACUUCGGCCGUUGGCCUCAGUGAAUAUCAGUUUUUUCAAAAGUCAAUAAAAUCACACAUUUACCUCAUCAAGAGACAGUAAUUGUAUAAUAUCUUAUGUUCAUAAUAUUAUGGGUUACCUGUUUGAUUUUUAUUUUAAACAUUUCAAUCUACUGCAUGAAGUAAGAUUGCCUAAGUGCCUAUCAAAAAGGGAAGACACCGCGUUUUACUCAUCCAUUUGAACAUGGUGAAAUACUAUCUUUACCUCAAAUUUGAAGUAUAAUGAAUAACAUUGUGUCUAUUUUAACAAAUAUAGUAUACGGUAAUGUUGCUCGUUCACCUUUGUGUAAUAUGCAUUGUUUACAUUUUUGAAAAUUGCUCCCUUUACAAACCGACCAACAAUUAAGUAUUGUGCAUUGGCAUUCAUUUUUUUUUUUAUAUUGAUACUUAUAUAUGUGAAACAGGCAUAAUUUUCAAAUUACUUGAAAUGCCAAAUAAUUAGCUAAUUUACAAAACAUUCAUGAUCUUCAUAUCUUACUGUAUAGAAUGCUUAUGUUUUUGCACUGUACUGAAAUGUGUAAGUACUGGAAUUUUAGUUUGUAUACAUAAUGUAUAUAAACUUACCAUAGUUAAUUUAAAUAUUGUAUUUGUGCUAGAUCCGCGAUUUGUCUACAAAAGACUCAUCAGUGACGCUCGGUAAAAAAAAAUGUGAAAAAGGCCAAAUAAAGUACGCAGUUGAAGAGCAUAAGGACCACAUACAGCUAAGGUAAUCAGGUCAUGAGGAAAAAAAGCCUUAGUUUUUCAAAAAUAUAAUUUGUUAAUUUAUGAUAAUGACCAUAUCAAUGAUAAUUCAGGUCUACACAUGUGUGUGUUUAUGUAUGAAGAGAGUCUAUAACAUCACAAAUUAGCUUUGACUGUUCCACUAAUUUUUUGACAAAAAGACUCAUACUUUAUUUUGCUAUAUGUCAUAUGCAAUACAUUGUAUAACAUGAUUUAAACGACCUUUGUUAAUGUUUGAAAAAAAAAACUGUCUGUAGAUAACAAAGUGAAGAUAGUGUA